CACGCACAAAAUCCUCUGUCAUGGCGUCUUCCAAUAAUGUUAAUCCCACCAACUGUAGCUGGUGGCCCAUAUCAGCCAUGGACGAAGAUGGCAAAAUCACAGAUGGAGAGGAAAGCCACGAGCCCACGAUAGAACACAAGCCAUACUCCAAAGACAGGCUCGUUCUGUACCACUGGACUCAGUCCUUCAGCUCUCAAAAGGUACGUCUGGUAAUCAAUGAGAAAGGGCUACUGUGUGAGGAACGUGAUGUCAGUAUGCCUCUCACUGAGCACAAGGAGCCUUGGUUCAUGAGGCUUAACCUAGGAGAGGAAGUGCCAGUUUUCAUCCAUGGAGACACUAUCGUCAGCGACUACAACCAAAUCAUUGAUUACAUAGAGACCAACUUUGUCGGAGACACAGUAGCCCAGCUGAUUCCUGAUGAAGGCACUCCCAUGCAUGCAAGGGUAAAGCAGUACCAGGAAUUGCUGGAUGGGUUGCCCAUGGAUGCUUACACACAUGGAUGCAUCCUCCAUCCUGAACUAACGAUUGACUCCAUGAUCCCAAAGUAUGCCACUGCAGAAAUACGUAGACAUUUGGCCAAUGCGGCUUCUGAACUGAUGAAACUGGAUCAUGAGGAGCCCCAACUGACAGAACCAUACCUCUCCAAGCAAAAAAAGCUUAUGGCAAAGAUCCUGGACCACGACAAUGUGAACUACCUGACGAAAAUCCUCGGUGAGCUGGCCAUGGUACUAGACCAAGUAGAGGCAGAGCUGGAAAAAAGAAAGCUGGAAUAUCAAGGUCAAAAGUGUGAAUUAUGGCUUUGUGGACCUAAUUUUACACUAGCUGAUAUUUGUCUUGGAGCCACAUUGCACAGGCUAAAGUUUUUGGGACUCUCAAAGAAAUACUGGGAGGACGGGAGCCGGCCAUACAUCCAGUCCUUUUUUGAGAAUGUGCAGAAGCGCUAUGCUUUCCGUAAGGUGUUGGGGGACAUCCACACGACCCUCCUAUCUGCAGUUCUACCUAAUGCAUUCCGAAUGGUAAAAAAGAAGCCACCAUCCUUCUUUGGGGCAUCCUUCUUAAUGGGGUCUCUUGGGGGGAUGGGCUAUUUUGCCUAUUGGUUUUUAAAAAAGAAAUACAUGUAGUGAAUGUGCUCUUGUAGUGUUUUGUGUCUGUGUAUCUGUGUGACAUUCAAACUUUUCGGUAACACUGUUUUACAAGAGCAGGAAAACAAGAAAACAUACAGAGAUAAACUCUUUACUUAUUUGGGUGAAUGAAUAAAUAAAUAUAUAAUAAGAACAUUCCAAGACUAGGAAUUCUUCUAAACAGCACCUUCUCUGGUAAUCAAUUCUAUUUACCACUCGGUUUACUGAUUUAAUAGUCUGCUCACAUUAGGGUUGCACACAGUCAAACAAUAUUCCGUUAAAAUUAUAAACACUACACAUUCUACAAUAUUGGACACCUGUUGUACAAUUUGAUUAAAUGGUAUAGCUCAACAGCUAAGUAAACUUCAAGUCCAUUAUAAACUUAAAGCCCAAAAAUAUGGUACAGUUGAAGUCAGAAAUUUACAUACACCUUAGCCAAAUACAUUUAAACUCAGUUUUUCACAAUUCCUGACAUUUAAUCGUAGAAAACAUUGCCUGUCUUAGGUUAGUUAGGAUCACUACUUUAUUUUAAAAAUGUGAAAUGUCAGAAUAAUACUAGAGAGAAUGAUUUAUUUCAGCUUUUAUUUCUUUCAUCACAUUCCCAGUGGGUCAGAAGUUUACAUACACUUUGUUAGUAUUUGGUAGCAUUGCCUUUAGAUUAUUUAACUUGGGUUAGAUAUUUUGGGUAGCCUUCCACAAGCUUUCACAAUAAGUUGCUGGAGUUUUGGCCCAUUCCUCCAGACGGAACUGGUGUAACUGAGUCAGGUUUGUAGGCCUCCUUGCUCGCAAACACUUUUUCAGUUCUGCCCACAAAUUUUCUAUCUGAUUGAGGUCAGGGCUUUGUGAUGGCCUCUCCAAUAUCUUGACUUUGUUGUCCUUAAGCCAUUUGCCACAACUUUGGAGGUAUGCUUGGGGUCAUUGUCCAUUUGGAAGACACAUUUGCGACCGAGCUUUAACUUCCUGGCUGAUGUCUUGAGAUGUUGCUUCAAUAUAUCCACAUAAUUUUCCUUCCUCAUGAUGCCAUCUAUUUUGUGAAGUGCACCAGUCCCUCCUGCAGCAAAGCACUCCCACAACAUGAUGCUGCCACCUCCAUGCUUCACGGUUGGGAUGGUGUUCUUCAGCUUGCAAGCCUCACCCUUUUUCCUCCAAACAUAACGAUGGUCAUUAUGGCCAAACAGUUCAAUUUUUGUUUCAUCAGACCAGAGGACAUUUCUCCAAAUAGUAAGAUAUUUUUCCCCAGUUGCACUUGCAAACUGUAGUCUGGCUUAUUUAUGGUGGUUUUGGAGCAGUGGAUUCUUCCUUGCUGAGCAGCAUUUCAGGUUAUGUCAAUUAAGGACUCGUUUUACUGUGGAUAUAGAUACUUGUCUACCUGUUUCCUCCAGCAUCUUCACAAGAUCCUUUGCUGUUGUUCUGGGAUUGAUUUGCACUUUUCGCACCAAACUACAUUCAUCUCUAGGAGACAGAAUGUGUCUUCUUCCUGAGUGGUAUGAUGGCUGCGUGGUCCCACGGUGUUUAAACUUGUGUACUAUUGUUUCUACAGAUGAACGUGGUACCUUCAGGCAUUUGGAAAUUGCUCCCAAGGAUGAACCAAAUUUGUGGAGGUCUGAUUUCUUUUGAUUUUCCCAUGUUGUCAAGCAGAAGCACUGAGUUUGAAGGUAACCCUAGGCCUUAAAAUACAUCCACAGGUACACCUCCAAUUCUGUACACCUCCUAUCAGAAGCUAAUUGUUUAAUGGCUUGACAUCAUUUUCUGGAAUUUUCCAAGCUCCUUAUUAGGCAGUUAACUUAGUGUAUGUAAACUACUGACUCACUGGAAUUGUGAUAUAGUCAAUCAAAAGUGAAACAAUCUGUCUGCAAAAAAUUGUUGGAAAAAUACUCAUGUCAUGCACAAAGUAGAUGUCCUAAACGACUUGCCCAAACUGUAGUUUGCUAAUAUUAAAUCUGUGGAGUGGUUAAAAAAUUAGUUUUAAUGACUUUUUGUAUGUAAACUUCUGAUUUCAACUGUAUAUUAAUCAUCAUAGUACCCUGUAUUCUUAUUUUAAACUUUCACCUUUUGUCUUAUUUGCCAUAGAAGGGUUUCUAUUUAAACCCUGACAUUUAUGGCACACAAAUGUUUUGCAAAACUCAAAAUUAUGACAAACCUAGUCAUUUUUUUUUUUUUUUUUUUUGCCUCUUUCAAAAAGGUAUGAAAUCAGCAUUCAGUCACACAUUUUAGUGCAGUCACAUAAAGCACACUGCGAUUUGAAACGUUCAUUAGCAGAAUGCAACACAUCACUGUAUACAUGACAACUUUCUGAAUGGUCCUAACAGUUUGCUGCUGUAACAGUUGGUGAGAAGAAUCAGAGCUAGCAAGCAAGGAUAUUUUUACAGACCUCCUAUGCAGAGGUUUUAAAAAAAGACUUAAUGAGCUUUUAUUUUUGGAAUAUUACAAAAAUCUUACUAAGAAAGCAAAGAUUAGAGUUUCAUUCAGAAAUCACUGAAGAGAACAGAAUGUGUUCCCUUUAUACAAGACUGCCAGCCUGAGCAUAUACUGUCUUUUUAUUUAUUGUAUAUAUAUAUUUUUUUUAUUUCUUUAUAAUUGUAUGCUUUUUUUAUUUAUAUUAUUAUCACUAAUGAAGUCCACAAAAUUCUAUUGAGGCACAGGUUGAAUACAUUUUAUUUCUUGAAAUGGAGAUAGUGUAGAAAUUGAAUGACGAGUGCCAGUACUGAGUGUAAAAGAUACUGGGACUUUUGUUAUAAAAAUCAAAAACACCACAAAUUCAAUCGAAAAACUAGACUCGUAAUAAAAAUGUAAUGAUUAAACUAGUGUAUCCAUUUUUCCCAAGCAUGCCACAAGAUGUAAUGGGCUUAUAACCAAAGACAAUGACAAGGUUCAGAAGAGAAAUGUUUAUGCUAAUUCAACUUAAUCUGAUUUAUGAAAAACUGUGAGAAACUAUGAAAUGUAUGAUUAUAUGAAAGUUCUCUACCACCUCACAUACAAGCCAUAUACAACUUUGCAGAUGUAUUAAUACACUGAUUAAAUGUUAUGUACUGCUGAUAAUUCUGCCAUUUACAACACUUUUCCAGAGUACAAUGUCUGAGAUUAAUAUCUUAACAUCUCUUUUGAGAUGUGAGAAAUGAGUUGAGAAAUCUCAUUUAGAAAGACACAAUCUGGAAUGUUUGUUAUAAAUUGCUAGUGGUGGUCACUGGGUCAACUUCUCUCUAAGUUACUCUAAAAUGGAAUGACUACGUUGGUUAAAUUAACAGAUGAAAAAUAUUAUAUUGAUGUCUGUGGUCAGUAGACUUCACAAUAUUUUUUAUUUUGUAAUUUUUAUUUUUAUAUAUUUAAAAAUAUGCAUUUAUUUACAGUGCUCCUUAAGCUGUUUGUUCAUGAGCCUUAAUUUGUUCAGUUGCCAUCAAUUGAAAUAAAUGAAAAUGCUUACCUUAAA